UGCUGACGAUCAGCACAGCACGAGCGCACUUUCUUUUAUCUUCAGUCACUCGCACUGUCCGGAAGUUUUUUUUGCUUUGUCGAAUCCGCCUGCCGCUGCCAGAAUGUUUCCGAAAAGCUGCGUCGUCUGUGCCACCGGAGUGGCCCGGCAGGUGUGGGGCCGAUUCGCGUCCACCGCAACGGGGUCGGUGCCGUCGUGCAGCAGAAAAUUGCGCCCGGUCAGUAAGAUGAGUGGCUGGCAGAUCCAUUCGUACGGCGCCCUGGACGAGAUCCAGUACAGCGACAGUCUGAAGAUGCCGGUUCUGAGAUCUCCCAACCAGGUGCUAGUCAAAGUGACCGCCUCGUCCGUAAAUCCGAUAGACGUUGCCAUGAUUAAGGGCUACGGAGCGACCGUGUUAAACGCCAUGCGUUGCAAGGAUGGAAUCGAGUUUCCGCUAACGUUGGGGCGGGAUUUUUGCGGCGAAAUAGUACAGAAAGGGCUAGGCCUAUCGAGCAGGGAUUUGGACAUAGGUGACGAGGUGUGGGGCGUGGUUCCACUGCAGAACCAAGGAAGUCACGCCGAGUACGUCGUGGUAGAUCGAUACUGCGUCUCGAAAAAGCCAGAUAAUCUCAGCAAAAUUGACGCCAGUGCGGUUCUGUACGCGGGUCUGACGGCGUGGUCGGCACUGUACUUGACGGGGCACCUCGGUAAUCUGAUGGGUGCCAUUUCACCGGUUGGUGGAGGCCGCGGCAAGAAAGUGCUCGUGCUGGGAGCGACCGGUGGCGUCGGCACGCUGGCCGUGCAGAUGCUCGUAGCCGAGGGCGUAGAAGUGUACGCCACAUGCUCGACGGAUGCCGUCGAGAUGGUUCAGCACUUGGGCGUUGAUUAUGUGCUCGAUUACAACGAUCCGGCGCACGUGCAGCAGCUGGCGAGUGUCGGAAGAUUCGACAUCAUUCUGGACUGCGCCGGAAAGGGCACCGACUACGCUGGGGCCGUUCCGUGGCGCUUUGAGCAGUACAUCACGCUGAAUUCACCCGUGCUGAAGAACAUCGACGAGAGUGGAUUCGCCACCGGAAUGUACCAGAAUGCGGUCAGCUUGGUGCGCAAUAACGUCGCCUCCGUGAGCGGCCAGAACGGACUAGUCAAGUGGGGUUACUUUGUGCCAGCGCCGCAGGGUAUCGCCUAUCUGCAGAAGCUAGUCGAAAAGGGAAAGCUGCUCCCGAUUGUGGAAAAGGUUUUCCCGUUCGAGCAAAUGCUCGAAGCGUACUCCCGCGUUGACGCGAAGCACCUUCGGGGCAAAAUUGUGAUAGAUUAUUAGAUUGUAUUUAUUUGGAUGGCGAGAAUAAAGAAAACGACUGUCGAAGACGUUAAACUUUGGUGCUAAGCGUUCGUUA